AUGGGGAAGCGGGAAGAAGUCGCCCCCGGAGCAGCCAUGCAGGGCUCCAAGCGCGCCCCCUCCGCGGCGGGCAGCGCAGGCAGUGGGCCAAUGUCGCGCGCUCUACCAGCACAGAUUCAGGACCAGUUAACGGCAUCCGCCGCGUCGCUGGCCAAUGCGUCGGGGGCGCUGCACCACCUGAGUGUGCUGGAUGGAGCCAAGUGCGCUCUACUGGAGGCGGGCGCGCUGAGGCACCUGGCGGCGGUGUUGCGCAAUGGCGGGGCGUCUUCCCCCGCAGCAUGGGAUGGGGCCCUGGGUGCGCUAUGGAAUGCGAGCCUGGUAGCCGGCAGCGAGGGCGCGUUGGCAGCAGCGGGGGCGCCAGGUUUCUUGUGCACAGGGGCACAGAGCAUGUGCCUACAGCUGCAGCGAUCGUGUGAGGACUGA